AUGGGCCCCAAGAAGAGCUGGCUGUUCCAGGGUAAACAACUUGUGGCGGAAGGGUCGAAAAAGUACUCUGGAGCUUUCCAGGUGAUGAGUGGUACUGGUCCAAAGAUAGUCUUGCCGAAUAAGUUCGCCGACGAGCUGCGGAACAACCCCCAUCUGAACUUUAACAAGGCUUUCGCCAAGGACUUCUUCACCAACUAUCCCGGUUUCGAGCCCUUCGCGCAAGGCCUCAAAGACGAUACCCUGAUCCAGGAGACCGUAAGAGUUAAGCUUACACAGUCUCUGGGACUCCUGACGGACGACCUCGUCGACGAGACAACUGCUUCGCUGCACGAUAUCUACGGAGAGAACGAUGAAUGGCAGUCGGCCGUCCUCAAGGACACCAUUCUGCAUCUGGUAGCUCGUCUUUCGUCGCGCGUCUUCCUCGGCAUGCCCCUCUGCCGCAACGAGAGAUGGCUCGAGAUCGCAAAGAACUAUACCGUCGACGGUUUCACCGCGUCCUUCCUCCUGAGGAUGGUGCCCAGCAUCCUGCGUCCGGUCGCGUACUGGCUCAUCCCCCAAUGCCGAUCGUGCCGGUCUGCCGUCCGGGAUGCACACAAGAUCAUCGACCCGGAGGUCGAGCGCCGGGUCAAGGCGGUCGACGAGGCGCUGGCCAGGGGCGAGAAGCCCAAGAAGACAGCCGAUGCCAUCGGCUGGCUCCACGAGGUUUCCAGGGGCCGCGUCGUCGACUACGUCAGCGCCCAGCUGUCCCUGACUCUCGCGGCCAUCCACACCACCACCGAGACGACGGCACAGGCGGUCUUCGAUCUCUGCCAGUACCCGGAGGUCGUCGAGGAGCUCAGGAGAGAGGUCAUCGCGGUCAUCGGCGAGCACGGCUGGGCCAAGACCAGCCUAUACAAGCUGAAGCUGAUGGACAGCUUCCUCAAAGAGGGCCAGCGACUGAGGCCGCUGGCCUCGACGUCGAUGAACCGCUUCGUCGAGGACGAGGUUACUCUGUCGGACGGCACGGUGCUGCCCAAGGGCAGCCGCAUCAACGUCAUGACGAGCUUCAUGGAUCCGGCGGUGUACGAGGACCCGGAGGCCUUCGACGCAGCCCGCUUCGUCAAGAUGCGGGGCCGGCCCGGUAACGAAAACGGCUGGCAGUUCGUCUCCACCAGCUCGGAACACAUGCUGUUUGGCCACGGCCAGCACGCGUGCCCGGGCCGCUUCUUCGCCUCCAACGAGGUCAAGAUUGCCCUGUGCCAGAUGCUGCUUAAGUACGACUGGCGGUUCGUCCCGGGCGAGGGCCGUCCCGAGUCGCAGUCCUUUGAGACGAGCACCGGUGUCAGCACAAAGGGCAAAGUCGAGUUCAGGAGGAGGAAGGAGGAAAUUAACAUGGAUUUGGCCCAAUAG